GGAUGAGCUCUGCAGCGUCUUUUUCACUCACCGGAAAAGUGUCAUUCAUCAACUUCCGGUGUCACGGGGUACCUGUGAGACGGAGCAAAAAAGCGGGCAUACCGAAAUCGUUAUUGUUUUGAUAGCCUUUAAACAUUUAAAAGCGAAUACAUUUGACUUAUAUAGUCAAACAACUGCGCUUUGUGGACCAGCGACCCCGUUGAAUUUCCAUUUGGCUUGGAAAAGAGUCUCAUUCAUUCGUCUUCGUUGUAGCUAGCUAGCUAAGUAGCUAACGAGCUUCCACACUAGUGUCUGGAGCAGCAGGCCUCUUUCUUCUGGACUUUGCUACAAGCUAUUAGCUAACAUUAGCAGGCUAACCCAUGCGAACACGUUUUCCUUCUCAAUUACUCUGUCUGUUACGUUGUAAAUAAAUACCACACCGCUUAUGUGUGUGCUGGUUAACGGUUUUUGGUAGUUCUGUGAAUAGGCUGCUAGUUGAAGCAAACGUACCUGAGCUAACGUUAACAUCGGCGAGGAACUUGAUUUUAGCGUUGUUCACUUUGUUGCUAGCUUAAGCUAGCCACGGCCAACUAAACAACGCAGUCGCUGAAAGCGUAGCAGCCUUCAACUCACAGAGAUGUCGGACUUCGACGAAUUCGAAAGACAGCUAUCUGAAAACAAACAAGUUAAUAGGCACUCUAUUCCUGCAGCUGAAAGGGACAAAGAGAACCGCCACCACCGCCGGUCUUCCUCCCGCAGCCGUAGCAGAGAGAGGAAAAGGAGGAGCAGAGACAGGGAUAGACGCAGCAGAGACCGCCGUGGGGACAGUAAGGAGCGCAGACACAGACGCAGCUCACCAACCAGCUUCCCCCAGGACAAUGCUGGAAGCCGUUCUCCACACCGUGAGAAGAAGAAGAACAAGGUGAAGAAGUACUGGGAUGUCCCUCCUCCUGGUUUUGAACACAUCACUCCCAUGCAGUACAAAGCCAUGCAAGCUGCAGGCCAGAUCCCAGCCACAGCCCUCCUACCCACCAUGACUCCAGACGGCCUGGCUGUUACUCCCACCCCUGUACCGGUAGUUGGCAGCCAGAUGACCCGGCAGGCCCGCCGCCUCUAUGUGGGCAACAUCCCCUUUGGUAUCACAGAGGAGUCCAUGAUGGACUUCUUCAAUGCCCAGAUGCGUUUGGGUGGUCUUACUCAGGCCCCUGGAAACCCUGUCCUUGCAGUACAGAUUAACCAGGAUAAGAAUUUUGCCUUCCUUGAGUUCCGUUCAGUAGACGAAACAACACAGGCAAUGGCCUUUGAUGGCAUCAUCUUUCAAGGCCAGAGCCUCAAGAUUCGUCGUCCCCACGAUUACCAGCCCCUGCCCGGCAUGAGCGAGAACCCCAGUGUCUAUGUGCCUGGUACACAGCCAAUUAAUGGUGUGGUGUCCACAGUGGUGCCUGACUCUGCUCACAAGCUCUUCAUUGGCGGCUUGCCCAACUACCUGAACGAUGACCAGGUGAAGGAGCUCUUGACGUCAUUUGGCCCCCUGAAGGCCUUCAACCUGGUGAAGGACAGUGCUACAGGCUUAUCUAAAGGAUAUGCCUUUUGUGAAUAUGUUGAUGUCAACCUUAAUGACCAGGCGAUUGCUGGACUGAACGGCAUGCAGCUGGGAGACAAGAAGCUCCUGGUGCAGAGAGCCAGUGUGGGAUCCAAGAACGCCACUCUGACAAGUAUAAAUCAGACCCCAGUGACGCUGCAGGUGCCGGGUCUGAACAGCUCAGUGACUCAAAUGGGUGGCCUGCCCACUGAGGUUCUGUGUCUGAUGAACAUGGUGGCCCCAGAGGAGCUGCUGGAUGAUGAAGAAUAUGAGGAGAUUGUGGAGGACGUCAGGGACGAGUGCAGCAAGUACGGCCAAGUGAAGAGCAUCGAGAUACCUCGACCUGUGGACGGCCUUGAGGUGCCUGGGACCGGCAAGAUCUUUGUGGAGUUCAUGUCCGUUUUUGACUCCCAGAAGGCCAUGCAGGGGCUGACCGGAAGGAAGUUUGCCAACAGGGUGGUGGUGACCAAAUACUGCGAUCCAGAUGCGUAUCACCGCCGAGACUUCUGGUAGAGGAGGCGUGAAGAGAAGAGGGGGUGGGGGAAGGGAGGGAAAGAGGGAGGGAACAUGUAUUACGCGUUUCUAAAUCAGCCCCCCGAUUUCGCAAAGCAACAUUUCAGGUAGAUCCAAGCGUAUUAAUCAUUUGACAAAUGGCUUUGGCGGUAUCAAAUUCAUCAUUUGAGAUCUAUGUGAAAUGUCCAGCAGUUUAAACAGAUAUUUGGAAUUGGAAAAGGAGAAGAAUUGGGAGGGUUUAUAUUCAGUCCAUAACCGAGGGGGCUAGGUUUGGGUGGUGGGGUGGGGGAGUCAAAGAUUUUUGAGAAAUGUGUGUAAUAAUAGGUCCGGGGUGGGGUCAACAAUUUUUAUACUUUGUGAGACAGGGAUGUCAUUUUGGGUGGGAGGGGGGUCCCAUUCUUUAAGGUUUGUAUUUAAAUGGAGGUAGCCUGUUUUAAGUACAUUAGAAAGGAGUUGCAGUAGGGAACUAACUGGACUAUUCUGAUGGAGAAGAGGGAUGGAGAAAACGGGAGUGUUUAUUUGUGAGAGGGAGAUGUGGGGGAGAUGGAGAGGAAGAUGAGGGCAUUUUUGUUUGACCAUCUAAUCUAGAUAUACAGUAGCUGUAACAUCCACUUCCGUUUUGCCACCAUCAUUAGAAAGGUGAGAGGAGACUCCUCAUUUUUAUUUUUUUCAGCUUGGACUCAUUUCUUCAUGUUCCUUCAUUUUCAUCAGACUGCUACCCCCCUCAGGACGAUUGUUAGAGAAUAUGUUGUCUAAUUGGACUCUAUCUGAAUGUCAACUGUAAUUGUUUCAAUACUGUGUGUAGCUUCACUGAUUUAAGCUGGUAUAUCACCUUGUAUUCAGGCCACAGAAUAACAUGAGCUCCAGAAAAGAGAGUUUUCAAUUAUGCCAGUUUAAGUUUCUUUUUUUUCCUAUUUUCUGUAACUUUUUUUCACGUCCAUCUUUUGUGCACAGCUUUUAACAGGUGAGGUUGUUUCGUCUUAGCAGUUCAGUCCCGAUUUAAUUCAAGAGGAAGUAAAAGAAAAUAAGGUGGGCAGAGGCAAACAGAUUGGUGUUUAAUAGGGGAUUUAUCUCUUCCUUACCAAAAAGCCUUAAUGUUAUUACAUGUCAAUUCGCUAUAAUAAAUUUGGCUUGCCCCUCUAUUAAUGAUGUCUGUAUGUUAAUAGAUGUCACUAUCUUGUCCUUCAGCCUUGCAUCACUAGUUUUAAUUUUUCUUUGUUUCCCAUCAGAUUUGGGGUGUAAUAUGUGUUGGACCCGGUUGUUUUUUGUGCAACGUCUCACCUCUGACAAGACCAAAUAAACACGUGACUAAUA